AUGGCACAAUUCCAUUUUCUCCAGGGCAACAUCAACCACUGUGCCAGAGCUCAGGAUCUCCUACUCCAGAGCAUGGCAGAGUGGUCGAUUCACGUGGCUGUGGUCGCCGAACCGUACUUCAUUCCCGCCCGUGACAACUGGUUGGGAUGCGCUGACGGUUUGGUGGCCAUUAUUGGCGAGACUCUGAUCGACCCGUCUCGGGGCCGCGGCUGGGUUGCUGCGGUCUCGGGCGGCAUCGUUAUUGUAGGGGCGUAUUUCUCCCCCAACAAGAGUCUCGCCGACUUUGAGGGUUUCCUUGUCGAGUUGGGCGCCGUCGUAGGCCGCUAUCACCCUCGUCCCGUUCUGGUGCUCGGGGAUCUCAACGCCAAGUCAUCGGCGUGGGGAUCUCCGGUCACUGACCCUCGGGGCGAGGUGUUAGAAGAGUGGACGGUGACGACUGGUCUGGUCGUCCUGAAUCGGGGUUCGGAAUACACGUGCGUGCGGCAGCGGGGUGGGUCGAUAGUGGACGUCUCGUUUGCUAGCCCCUCUGUCGCCAGCCGAGUCCGCGACUGGCGUGUCGCCGCAGAGGUGGAGACGCUGUCGGACCAUCGGUAUAUCCGGUUCGACGUCUCUGCCCAGACUGCGAGCGGCCGCCAUCCAACAACCCCGAUCAACGACGGCCCGCGUUGGGCGCUUAAGCGCAUCGACAGGGAACUACUCGAAGAAGCUGCCCUAGUCCAGUCCUGGAUUCGGGAGUCGACGACGGACGGCCCCGUCGACGUCGAAGCGGUAGCGCUAUGGUUUCGCGGGGCGAUGACGCAGAUCUGCGACGCGUCCAUGCCCCGUGUCCACCAACGGUCCGCAAGGCGCCAGGUGUACUGGUGGACCGCCGAGAUCGCGCAAUUGCGCAUAGCGUGCGUUGCGGCUCGUCGCCGGUACACCCGAUACCGGAGGCGGCGUCGACGGGAUCCCGCCGAGGAGGACGCGCUGUAUGAGGUGUACCGCGCGUCUAAGGAGACUCUGUGGCUGGCCAUCGGCGACUCAAAGUCGCGUGCCAGGGAAGUGCUGCUGGGAUCCCUAGAUCGGGAUCCGUGGGGGCGCCCCUACCGUUGGGUACGGGGCAAGUUGCGUCCCUGGGCGCCUCCACUAACACAAACGAUGCAACCCCAGUUGCUAGAGGCGGUGGUAUCGGCUCUCUUCCCUGAGCGAGUGGGACACGUUCCCCCGGCGAUGGCUUCGCCCUCAGCCACAGACUCUCCAGAAGAGGAGAGCACCGACGUCCCCGAGGUGACGCAAACAGAGACGAGAGCGGCCGUGUCGCGACUCCGGGCUAAGAACACAGCGCCCGGACCCGACGGAGUUCCUGGUCGAGCUCUCGUCCUGGCUCUGAAAGAGCUAGAGCCCCAGCUGAGAGGGCUCUUCACGGCAUGUCUCGAGCAGGGUCAGUUUCCCAGUGUGUGGAAGGAGGGGAGGCUGGUCCUGCUCAGGAAGGAGGGGCGCCCCGCGGACUCACCGUCCGCGUACCGGCCCAUAGUGCUGCUCGACGAGGCGGGCAAACUUCUUGAGCGCAUCGUCGCAGAUCGCCUCGUCAGCCACUUGUGCAGAGAGGGGCCGGACCUGGACGAGAACCAGUUUGGUUUUCGUCGCGGGCGCUCCACCAUAGACGCUAUUACGCGCGUGAGGGCCCUGGCGGAGGAGACAGUAUCCCGGGGUGGGGUGGUGCUGGCGGUGUCCUUAGACAUCUCCAACGCCUUCAACACCCUACCCUGGAGUUGUAUUCGGGAGGCGCUGAAUUACCAUCGCGUGCCUCCCUACCUCCGCCGCACAAUAGGGGCUUACCUUGAGGAGAGAUGCGUUACCUAUUGGGGACGUGACGGCGCUGGUCGGCGCGUCAUGUCGUGCGGUGUUCCGCAGGGAUCGGUCUUGGGACCGCUCCUGUGGAACAUCGGCUACGACUGGGUGCUGAGAGGUGAACUCCCGUCGGGCGCCGACUUGACGUGUUAUGCGGACGACACGCUCGUCACUGCCCGGGGGAGUUCACACAGGGAAGCAGCGUUGGUUGCCACGGCUGCGGUGUCACAAGUGGUGAACCGCAUCCGGCGCCUGGGCCUGGAGGUGGCCCUAAAUAAGUCGGAGGCCUUGGUGUUCCAUGGCCCUCGACGCGCGCCGCCGCCGGGGUUCACACAUCGUGGUCUGCGGGGCCCGGAUAGCUGUCGAGUCCACCAUGAAGUAUCUGGGAUUGGUGCUCGACAGCCGAUGGGAAUUCGGACCCCACUUCCGGCGGCUGGCGCCCAAGCUGAUGGGUGCAGCGGGCGCGCUAUCAACGUUGCUUCCCAACUUGGGGGGCCCGAGCGCCGCCUGUAG